AAAACCGCGAGCGAGAGCGCUGCGCCGCAAUCACUGCAGGGCCGACGUCGGAGGAGGCCCGUCUGAGGCUGCGCGCCGCGAGGAAUUCCCACGGUCCUGCCGCCGCCGCCUCCGCGGUCUCCCGCCGCAGAUUUCCAGGGUAGACCUCCAAGGCGCAGAAUGAUCUGGGAAGUAGCUGUGUUACUUAGCUUGGUCCUGGGAGUUGGUGCUCUUCCCAUGGACGACCCUGAGGAUGGAGGCAAGCACUGGGUGGUGAUUGUCGCGGGUUCAAAUGGCUGGUCUAAUUAUAGGCACCAGGCGGAUGUGUGCCACGCCUACCAGAUCGUCCACCGCAACGGCAUUCCCGACGAGCAGAUCAUCGUGAUGAUGUACGAUGACAUCGCCUACUCUGAGGAGAAUCCCACCCCAGGUAUCGUGAUCAACAGGCCCAAUGGCUCGGACGUCUACGCGGGAGUCCCGAAGGACUACACUGGCGAGGAUGUCAACCCGCAGAAUUUCCUUGCUGUGUUGAAAGGAGACUCAGAAGCCGUGAAGGGCAAAGGAUCUGGAAAGGUCUUGAAGAGUGGCCCCAAGGAUCACGUGUUCGUUUACUUCACCGAUCACGGAGCUACUGGCAUACUCUGCUUCCCCGACGAUGAUCUUCAUGUACAGGACCUGAAUCAGACCAUCUAUUUCAUGUACCAACACAAAAUGUACCGAAAGUUGGUGUUCUACAUUGAAGCCUGUGAGUCCGGGUCCAUGAUGCACCACCUGCCCACCGACAUCAACGUUUAUGCGACUACUGCUUCCAACCCCAGUGAGUCGUCCUACGCCUGUUACUACGAUGAUGAGAGAGUCACCUACCUGGGGGACUGGUACAGUGUCAACUGGAUGGAAGAUUCAGACAUGGAGGACUUGACGAAAGAGACCCUGCACAAGCAGUACCAGCUGGUGAAGUCGCACACCAACACCAGCCACGUCAUGCAGUAUGGAAACAAGUCCAUCUCUGCCAUGAAAGUAGUGGAGUUUCAGGGUGUGAAACACAAAGCCAGCUCUCCCAUCUCCCUGCCUCCGGUCAAACGCCUGGACCUCACGCCAAGCCCCGACGUGCCCCUUGCGAUCCUGAAGAGGAGACUGAUGAGCACCAACGACCUACAGGAGUCCAGGCAUCUCGCUGAGGACAUCCGCAGGCACCUGGAGGCUAGGCACGUCAUUGAGAAGUCAGUGCGGAAGAUAGUCUCCGUGGUCGCGAGGUCCGAUGCCGAGGCGGAGAGGCUGCUGUCCGAGCGAGCCCCGCUCACGGCGCACGACUGCUACCGGGCUGCCGUGUCGCAUUUCCGCACGUACUGCUUCAACUGGCACUCCCCCAUGUACGAGUAUGCUUUGAGACAUUUGUACGUGCUAGUCAACCUCUGUGAACAACCGUAUCCAGUUGACAGAAUAAAAUCAUCCAUGGACAAGGUGUGCCUUGAUAACUACUGAAACACUGCCUUCCUGAUGCUUUCCCGAGUGUGAACACCAUCCCUCAGAAUGUGUGUGACCCGAGACUGAAGAGGUGGAGCCGGAGGGGAGGAAGCCCAGCCGUCCCAGCCUUCCCAGGGAUGCGGUCCAGCGGCUCCCGGGCCCCACUCCAGGCCUUUCACGAGGCGCCUGCUCACCUUUACCUACUUCCUUGUCUCCAGCAGGUCCUGUGCGAUGCUCUGAAAAAACCGCAGAGCGGCUGGGUGAAGCUCUGUGUUGAGAAAGCCGUGUUUGCGUUUUAAGAGGUUUUUUCGCGCGUCGGUUUUAAGGAACAGGAACUUCACUGGGCGCCUGUAGCUGAAAAGAGUCUGUCCCGAGGAAUUUGAAGCUGGGGCCUCUGAAGUCUUCAGAAUGAUUUUAUUGGAGAGGGAUGUGGGCCCCAAAUGGAAAACUCUUUUUAGAAAAUCUUAUAAUUAUUGAUUGCUUUUGUAUUUUAUUUCACAAUAAUGGAGAAGUCUAAAGAAUAAAGAUUUGUAACUGAACCCGA